AUGUUCUGGUCGGUAUGUGUUCUGUAGGAUAGUGACGGAUUUUUUACAUUUUGAGAGGGCAUUCUAUGCUUUUUUGUUACGUUUAGGGUUACGGUAGGGUUAGAGGUAAGUAAAGGUUAAAGUUAGGUAUUAAUUAAUUAUGGCUAAUGUUAGGGAAAGGCUAUAGAGAAUGAAUGUAAGGCAAUUAGAAUAUCCGUCGCUAUCCUAGGAGACUAAAAAUCGCUAGCGGAUAUCGUAGAACAUACGCUGUUCUUCCGGCAACAUUUGCAGCGUCGCCAGUGGGCUGUCAGGGCAGCUCGACUGUCCGAAACUACCAAUAAACUAUCGAUAGUCAACGUUUUAGCCUCAGCGUGGAGUAACUAGAGAAGCUUGGGAAACAGGUCCAGCAGCAGCGUGAGUGGAGAUGAAGCCGCCGUCCCGGAGGCGAGCCAAGCCGGCGCGCCUGGAGGUGGAGGAGGAGGACAGCGCGCAGGACUGUCCCGGUGAGGUGCCCCUGGCCCCCUGGUCCCGCAUCGAGCAGCACGGCGCCCUGGUGGUCCUGAGGAGGCUCGACCCCAGCGCUGGCGACAUCGAUUACGAUGCGUUGAAGAAACGUUUGCCACGCAGAUCCAUUUCCCAGAUCCGCUCUAUGGUGGAAGCUCUGAAAGACAAAGUGAUCAAAUCAGCAAGCUCCCAGCUGAUAAGUCAGAGGAACGCAGAGAAGAGGUUCCAAAAGCCCAUCGAGCUGUGGACAGAGAUGGCCUUGAUUAUGGCCGGGACUUUGGAGAAGCCCAUCUCUGCUGCUUUCUCUCAGAUGCUGAUGGUCUCGUCCACGGAGCCUUGCAGCCUGAGGAACUCUGACCCUCCUCACAGCCACACACCAGCCACCGACCAGCAGACACCCGGUUUGCGCUUCGUCCCUAUGAGACCCAUGCCCAGCCGGCCCGCUCCAGGUGGGAUAUCUCAUAUUAUCCUCAAGACUCCUGCCAAAACCAUGAGCCCAGCCAGAGCGCUCCCUGCCCCGUGCCAAGACGUUAGAGUGCGCACUGCCACCCUUUCUCAGGCCCAGCGACAGUCUUUGGCACCAGCGCCCGGGACCUCAUCUGAUGCUAUCUCAGCAUCCCAAACUGUCGCCACGUCCCACCAAACAGGCACAGCAACGACCGCUGAGGCUGCUGCAGCGUCCCCGCUUCGGCCAGCUACAGCAGCAGCGUCCGUCCAGGUGCUUGACAGCACACGGCAGCCACAGCCACUGAGACUCGCGCCCGCCUCUAAGGCUGGUGCGUUUGUCCGGGCUAUGGCUGUCAGCACGUCUGUUCCCCAGGCGAGCCCACAACCCGCAGAGCCUUUAAAGGUGGUCGGAGAGCUCGCCGCUGCCACACCACAACCUCAACCUCAACCUCAACCAAAACCACACACUGCUGGUGUUGGAACGUCUCCAGCAGAGAUACCCACAGUCUGUUCCUCCGUUGGAACCGAUGGGCCGCAGCCACAAAACACCGAGGCCACAUCCACAGUCUCAUCCCACACCCUGGACCCGACUGGCGCCUCUCCUCGUCCGCCACCACAGCAGCACUCCAACGCCGUAUCCUCCGCUACCGCGUUCAAUUCUCCACUCUCCAGUGUUGCCGAUCCCUCAUCCCCGUCCGCUUCCACCGACCCGUCCGACCCUCCACGCGUCGAUGCCGCAGGAAGCCAAAGAACCAGCAAACACGCCGGCGGGGAUGGUCCCAGGAGAUUUGGUGUCAAGUGCAUCGUGGACUUUGAGAAGAUCUACCGCUACCUGAGCAGCAUCCACAUGAAGGACGAGGAGUGUGCGCUCACUCCCAUGGAGAGCGCUAUAGUCCUGGACCUCCUCAUGUCUCUCCCGGAGGAGCUCCCCAAGCUGGACUGCAACAAUUUGCAGCGCCACAUGAUCCAGGUAUACAGUGGCCUCUCAGCUCCUGCAAACUCCGAGAAGGCGAGAGGAAUGUUUGACUUCGGGCCGGAAAAGGGACAAAACGACCCAGAUCAGAGUAACAGGACGCCGUCACAUCACAGAGACUCGCGUCAAACAGAGAGAGGAAGUGGCCCAAACCCCGACCAGGACAAGGACGGAAUGGAUACCACCAGUCAGGACGGUGACAGUAAUGUUGCCAUGGACAGUGUUACCGGGGAGAGAGUUCAGCCAUGUGACGGACAAGCUGAGAGCAGGUCGUCUGAGAGCAGUGAUGCACUUUUGCAACCUGGGUACGUGGAAAUGGGGGGACCCCGCCCCCUCAACCCUUUUAUGGUGCCUCUUAAACUGCUGAUUCGACGGAAGGAGUAGAUAGCAAAUUAUCACAUCUAAAUUCUAGGAUGCAUUUUUUACAAAUAAAUGUAAUGUCAUGUCCCAGAGUCUUGGAGUGGUAAGAGAUGAAGCCUCCAGCAGAGCAGUGGCAUCGUGACACCACAGCCUCCAUACAGUCACAUUAACAAGCUGUCAUUCUUAUAAACUGUUCCCAAAAGAUUCAACAGACCUAAAUAACAGAAAACAGGUGUGUGGUUUGAAAAGGUAACUCUGGAAAUUCCCAAACGCCUGUGAUGUGACGUCAGUGGAGCACCACAGCCUCGACCAAGCUGUGGUGUUUUCCUCCAGAGGAUCCCAAAGGGAGGAGAGACGCAGAGCUCAUAACACUGGUCAGUCCGGCUUCCUGUUGACAGGCUGCUUCCUCGCUGCUGCUCGAGCGGCGUUUCUACAAUUCAAGAGUUCACGUCUUGUCAGCUGCAUCUCCACUUUGUGAUUAAGGCUGAUACGACAGAUGGAUUUCAUAUUUACGUCUCACUUAGUACAGCUUCCACGACAAGUUAACGAGACGUUCACUGAAUGAUAAUGUGCUUUGUGUUGUUUGCCUGUUGGUAGGUUUUCUCUGAGUUUCAUGGGCUGGACAAACGUGCCUUUGCACUUUUUUUCUAGACGUUUUUAUGAUUCUUGGCAACCUAAAACCUCUAACAACUGAUUAUACAGUUUCUUCACAUAGAUAUGUAUUAUUUAUUUUCCUGAAAAAAAACCCCACAUAUUUUUAAAGAUAUUACACUGAUAUUUUGUUCAUGUAUUCAUUCCUUUAUUUUGUUCAAUGUUACAAAUGUAAGAAUUUACAAAUGAAAUAAAAUUUUUGCUUACA